AUGUAUCGAUAUGAUGGCUACCGACGGUGUACUGGCAUGGCUGAGGGUCGACAGGGCGAUGCUAUUAAAAGCAUGGGACUAGUGAGGCUUAAAACCUCCGUCACGAUGCAGCCAGCCCGUGAAAAAAGGUCUGAUGGGCGGACAACCCUUUUAAUUUCGUCACAAGUUCGCUAUUUUAACCGGGUGUACGCCGAUCAUAAAGGCGGCAUCACACCGCGACAACCACCCGGAUUUAUCCCCGGAUAUCCGGCGUCACGUCCGUCGGGAAAUAACUUGGGAAAUAACAAUCCCUGCUACACCUGGAUAACGAUCACCUACAAGCACUCGAUCUAA